UUCUUCUGCUAUAUAAAACCGCCUUCUCACAAAGUCUGGACGCAUUAUCAUUUAUGUAAUAUCAGGUGUCGGGCUGCCCAUCCAUUCGGUUAUAUUUCACUAGUGCGAUAUUGUGAGACCUCACACACACCACAACAUGGACUGUCUUAGGUGUACUGUUUUAAUGUCUAUGCUGGGCGCAGUAUUAUCGGCACCCCAGCAGCAAUACACGACACCAAUUCCUAUUCUAAGUCAACAGCAAGAGGUCAACGGUGAUGGAUCUUAUAAAUACAGCUACGCGACAGGAAACAACAUCCAAGUGGAAGAGACAGGAUUCCUGAAGAAUGCGGGAAUUCCAGAGCAGGAAAUCCAAUCGGCUCAGGGCUACUUCUCGUAUGUCGACCCUGACGGUGUGCCCGUACAACUCACCUACACCGCUGACGAAAACGGAUUCGUUCCACAGGGAGCUCAUCUGCCAACCCCACCACCAACCCCAGAAGCCAUCCUGAAGGCCCUCGCUUUCCUGGCCACCCAACCCCAACAGGACUACGACGAGAAGGGCUUCCCCAUUGGACCAGCUCAACCUGCCAGGUUUGGAAGGAAGUAACCCCCAUCACCCAUAGAAAUAUACGGGUAAAACUCUAUGGUAUUACCCCAUCUGAUGCAAUAUGAUUGUUACGAUACUGGUGGACAACUGAUGGAUUAUCACAGGGUAAAAGGUUGAAAUAGGGGUUUCAAAGUAUAUGAGCUAGCUAAACGUUGAACCAGCUAAACUAUAGCCAUAAUGGUUGCCAACAUCCGGAACGGAUAGGGACCAAAAGAAACGUUGGAGAGCUGAGUGAUACUAUUGUAUCUAAGACUUUUCAUAUAUAUUUUUCAUUUCUAUACUACUUGUUAUCUGAUACUAGAAAUUCCACAUUUUUUUUUAUUUGAAUGAGGAUUAAAUUUGAGUUUUAAUGAACGAAUUGAAAGAAGAUCAAACUGAAUUCUCUGGUUAAUAGGUCCCUUGUUGACGAUUUGUAAAUGCUUGAUAUAAAUCUAGACAAUAUUGACAUGGAAAAAGGAGAAUGUAUCUUUUAUCUACGAUGAUAGAUGAUCAUAGAUAUCUAAUGAUGUAGAUCUUUUAUCUACUCUACUAUUAACAUAUUAUGUAUGAUUAUGUAUUAUAAAUUUGAGAUAGUUUUAAACUUGAAUUAUUAUCAAUUCAGGAUUGAAAUUUUUGAGAUAAUGAUUCACUUUCAGAAAAUGUAUUAAAUUUCCAGUUGUCCAUUAUUGUAACAAUUAUAUCACUUUCAGAAGAUGUAUUAAAUUCUCAGUUGUCCAUUAUUGUAACAGUUAUAUUCGUGAGAAAUUUAGGGGACACUCUUCACUUCUGCAAUAGAUAUAUCAUUGGACUUCAUAGCUUUAAACUGAUAAUCGUAAGACUCUUCCACUGUAUUGACUGUAAAUAAGACGAAUAAAUAUUUUUUGAUUACA